ACCCAUUCUCUCUCUGUCUCUUUCUCUCACUAGGAGGGGGGGAAAGAGGGUAAAAAUACACCCGCAAAAGACCCUCUCUUUCUCUCUCUAUACAGAAGCUAAAAAACACAAAGCCACCCAAAUAAGAAAGAAGGAAGAAACAUGGAAACUCCACGCAACCCAUUCUCAAAAACAAAGAAGAGUCCACACCACCCAACUCUCUUUCUCUUUCUCUUUCUUCAAUGGCCCAGCUGGACCAAAAUUCAUGUUUAGAAGAAGAAAAACAAAAAAGAAAAGAGAGAAGAAAGAAGGAUAUCAUAAGAUGUCUUCGAAUGGGAUGUCUUCAAAUGUUGUCCUCCAACCAAACCCACCUCACCUCACAGACCCAUAAUUCAGUAUGCCAGAAAUACCCUUCUGCAACCCCCCAAAAAAUCCCAUCUUCAUCACUGUCUCAUGUCUCAAAAGAACACAUAUUUUUCACCGAAUUAUGUGGGCUUCUUUGGGUUUUCUUUGUCUUGGUCAGAGUUUCACAGGGAAAACAGGAAAGCAAGAACCUUCCCAUUCCUCUCUCUAUCUCUCAUCUCUCUUCACUACCCUCACCCUUCUCGAUCUCAUCUUUCCUUUUAUUAUUUCUUGCCCAUCCCUUUCUCUUUCUCCUUUCUCAUUAAAACUCUCUCUAACCUGUUUCCUUCCUUUUAUUUCUUCUACCUUUCUCAUCUUUCUCCUUUCAUUUUUCUCCUCCUAUCCAUCAAACAUACAAAGCCUCUUCUUUGCUUUUAGUUUCUGGGUGCUAGUUUUUAUCUUUUCUCAUCAUGAAGAAGAUGAAAGCUGCUGUUGCUGCGAUGGACUUUUCUCCUCCUUCAUAUGCUGCCAUGUAUGAAGAUCCAAGGAUCAUGCUCAAGCAUCAGAGUCUUAUGCAGGACUAUGAUGAGUUAUACAAGGAAACAGAAGCCAAGAAAAGGAAAUUGCAGAUGAUGAGACAGAAAAAAUUGACCCUAAUGGCUGAAGUCAGGUUUUUGAGACGACGAUACAAGUACUUGACACAAAACAAGUCUCAGAAACCCCCAAUGGAGCAAAAUUUUGUGCAACCACAGAACUUAGUAACUGCUAGUAAAAAACUAAAGGAGAAGAACUCUUGUGGAAAUAAUUCUUCUCUCAGACCACCAGUUCCACGUUUUGAUUUAAACCAGAAAGGAAAGGUUUACAUUGAAAGGGAAGCCACUUUGCGAAACCCUGCUCCAAUUUUUGACUUAAACAAGAAGCAAAAGACUCACAUUGGAAGGGAGGUUGCAUUGCUAAACUCAACAAUUCCUGACCUGAACAAGAAGGAAAGGACUUACAGUGUCAAGGAAGCCACUGUUCAAAAUAAUACUCCAAUUUUUGACUUGAACGAAAUUUCGACUGAAGAGGAAGAACAUGUUAACGGUGACAUGUUGAGAACAGAGGAGCCAAAAAUUAGUUUGAUGAGAGGUGCUAGUGAUGAGAUGCAUAAUGAAAGGAAGUUAUCAGCUUGUAGGAAUGUUGGAAAUGGAUCCAGCAGGGCAGGGAAGAGGAAGAUUACUUGGCAAGAUCAGGUGGCUUUGAGGGUUUGAGUCCAUUCUUAUUAUUCCAGUUGUAGGUACUGUAUUGUGGCAAGUCUGGAAAAGUAUCCCUUGCCUCAACUUGUUAUGGUUAAUUCUCGUUUUCCUGUUUCUAUUUGUAAAGGAAAAAAAAAAAAGAUAGUUCCAUAUAUUGUUAACAUAGAUGAAAUGAAGAAAUUGAUGCCCUUUGUUCAGAAA